GUUCCCGGCAUAAAGGUUUCGCUACUCCCUACUCCCUCCUUUUAAAGGUUAGCGACUCCUCUGCACUUUUGAAAGAUUAUACGCAUUCUAGAGUGAAAACUGCGUAAAAGUUGACAUGGCGGUCACGACAGCCUCUUCUUCCUUCGAUUCUCAAUCGCAAAAUCAGUCGCCUGAUAACUUUCGCCAUUAUUCUGGCCCGUCAAAAAGCAGAUACGGAGCUGAUGCCAUUCUUGAUAUCCCUUUUAACGACCCAUGGACCGAUAUUGAUGAUAUUCUGACGGGCGAAGGCUUGGCCGAGCCAAAUCCCACGCAGGAACCAGCGUGCGAGGCAUUCACAGGAAGCUGUGCGGAUGGAGCUAUACUCAUCGAAGACAGCGAAUCGGACACUGGUUCCGAAGAUGAGCUGCCUUCUCUCAACGCAUUGUUCAGUGCGGGCUCCCAACCAGAAGUCGGUGGGACGCCGGCCGCGGAUGGAGUCCGUGAUUCGAGCUCGUUACAAGUGAUAGAGAGCGGCGAAAACCCGCCGUCUGGACAGAACGGCGAACUGUCUACUGGUGUCGACAUGUCCUGGGCUGCUAGCGACUUAUCCAACUAUUCUGCUCUGGAAGUCGACGUCUCAGUAGCGGACCAUGCGCGAAUAUCAUUCGAGAGCCUUGUUCCAUUUAUCGAAACGGCCGAAUCUAGCAGCCUGCAACCUUCAGAGGAAACGGAUAGCAUCGCCGACGAAAACCAUGACCCUGCAAUCAAUCCGUCGUCCCUUGAACAGAGGAAGCGGGUCCGUUCCUCCUCCCGCACGACCCUAUCCACCGACCUCGAUGCUGCGCUCGGCAGUAGAUCACACCAGAUGGAUAAGCAACCGCUGGAGGAGCCACGUCCGGCGAAGCGACCGAGACGAUCUCGUUCCGGUGAGGCGCCGCCAUCCGUCGCCGCUGUCCACGAUACUGGGCUUGACUGUCUGGGGCGGCGCGAGGCACCACCCAUGUUUCAUCGUGUAGGGAAGGAACGACCGGGCUCUGCCGAUGCUGAAACAUCCCCCCAAGACGGUGACGAGAGCGACGCAGCAGACAAUAGAGGAAGGGCGCGCAGCGAGCAUACAAACCGCGACCGCUCUGGCAACCCUAGGCUGGCCAGCACUGGCCCACAAGCAGCCCCGUCUCCCCGUACAAUAAGAGCCUAUCGGCGACGCGAGACCAACGAUCCCAUUCACGGGCAUGGCUGGAUCGGAGACACUGCUGACUAUGGUCGUGGCUGUGGUGGUGACACGGACGAAGAGCAUACCGUGGAUGACAACUAUGGAACAAAUCCGCCGAGACCGCCAUUGGCGCGACGGCAUCGAGGCAAGAUCCAGCGCAGAGGUCAGCCGUUCCAAUCGAAUGCUAGGAGGAACAUACCCACGCUCGCACGGGAUCAGCAGAUUCCACGCUGCUUAAAUAGCUCGCAUCCUGACUCCUCAGCAACCAGAAGCGACGAUAGAUGCCCUCAGGAUAGUGACGAGAGCGCACCCUUCGCCAUGACCCGGCAUAAUGUAACCGAUAUUUCGCUUCGUCCAACGCCGGGGGACACUUUCCUAGCAGCUACGAUCAAGUUCGAUCGCAAUAUCGAGGCGAUUUCUUGCAGCACGCUGCUCACUCUUAUCGAGAAUAUCUUAGGCCAUGCAGCGAAAGUACAAGACGUGACGCUUAAACCGCUCUUAGAAGGCCAAUGGCUACUGACCGGUUUUCUGCGCAGCCCUUGCAUCAUUGGCGGCGCCACCACAUGGUACGAGACCAUGCCAAACCGGCGAAAGGGUGUUGCCUCCGGGACCGCCAUCCCAGUGGCUCAAUUUCCUGACUCGGAGGAUGACGGCAGCAUCAGCGGGAGCGAUAGUAGCGUCAGCGACUAUCGUAUCGACGACGAGAAAUACAUCGAUCAAGGCGUAUAUGGCCGGAAGAAUCGGCGCUGGGAACCUUUAGAGGACGAGCGCUUGUGGGCGUACAGAGUAGAGGGAAAGUCAUGGGAGUGGAUCUCGAAACAGUUCCCGGGUAGGACGCCGGGCGCCGUAUGUACCCGCUGGCACACGAUUAAAAGGUCACGGGAAGGACUGGACGAGACAACGGGUUCUUAGCGCGACAGUGAUGGACCGGAUUGCUCAAAUGUGUCAGUUAAUCUAAAUGAAACCACUGCUCUGACCAAGGCUGGCGGUAAUCGAGAAAGCAAGAAAUGAAGACGCUGGAUCAGAGACUCGUCAAAUUCCGUAAGAUAAUUAAGGUGUGCCCAUAAUUAACGGUAUUGGCUAAGGAGAAAUGGGCGACCGCGUUCAUACCAUUCAGGUUGCUCUCUCGAUCGAUGUUGCUCUGGCAAAGUGGGCGCUUACGACCCUCACCUGAUUGGAGUUUCCAGCUAUUAAUAAGCUACCCG